AUGGUGGAACUUGUUUCCCCGCCCUUUCAUGUCAAAAGGAAAGCAGGGGAUGAAAAUGUGGGUCCUCUAAUUAAACUAAGUCGUUUGCAGCCCUUGAAGGUACCAGCGGACUCCCCCCUGUGAGAGGGUUCCCCCUGUAGGUGCCGAAAAGCAGGCUGUGGACGUGGCUGCUACAGUUGUCAUGGAAAGAAGCUACGCCCACAAUCAUGGAUCAGAAUGCAACGGCUCCAAUGGACAGACAAAAAGCUACUAAGGCUUCAGGCAGCCAUCAAUCAAAUCAGGUUGUUGGCAGGAGUGCCAAGAUGGCCAAUUGGGUGGUUUUAGCUCCCUUCACACUCCCUGUUACGGGGGAACUCCAUCACUUGGGGCAUGUCACCAGCUAAUGGCACUCUUUUUCCUGGCACCGUGAACACUCCCCCCAGCUUUGGAUGUGUAAGGGCUGUCCCCCCAUACUUAGUUUUGUCCAACAGCGCUCCAGUUUCUGGUUCCACUGGCACUGUGGGCAGGCUUGACAAUGGAAGCCUGGUCUUCAUCCAUAAUGACAUGCCCUUUUUCAACAUCAAGUGCUAGCUGGUUCUGUCUCAGGAGGACCCUGCCCACCAGGUCUGCCAGACCUCACCUCUCCAAAGAGCCCAAUGGUUAGUUGUGAAAAAAGGUCUUUACUCUUUAUUUCCCUCUUAUCUAUAGUUUAUCCUAGUAGUUCCUAUCCCAUAGUAAUUCAUCUGUGUCCUCCUCCUUUGCCUCCCAUCUCUUUUCUUCCUCUCAAAUCCAUAUUCUGUCUGUUGGUAUCCCAAAUCUCCUUUUAUGCUUUGCCCAUUGUCCUAUUUUGUUGUAUCCUCAGUUAGGUCUUGUGUAGUUGAGCAAAUAAUGGAAAGUUGAAAAUUCUGCUAAAUCACAAUUUGGGAAUCUUCAGAAUGACUACUUACUGUAGUGUUGCAUCAUCUGAAGUAUAAAAAUUGUAGAUCAACUGUGAAUAAUGAAUCAUCAUAUAUCUGCAUUUUGAAAUGUAAUUGGAAACUUUUUGAAGGCGUUUAUAAAUUGUUAAGUAAGAACACGCCUUUGAUACAGUCUUACAUUCGCAUUAAUAAGGUACUAUCACACCCUCUCAACAGGAAGCUCCUCAGUCCACUGGUCCAAUCAAAAUCAGAAUUAUUAGACAGGUAAAGAAGACUAUUUAAACGGUUCAGGACACCAAGCAGCCCACCCAGGAUGGCACUGCUCAGUCAGGCUUGUUCAGAAAGGAUGAAGCCGCCUCCACUCUCCUCAUACAAACUGCUACUGUCCAGGCAGACUCUGUACAAAUGGAAAUUGCCCAGACAGACGUUGUCCAGGCCGACCCUAGUCUGACAGUCUUUGCUGUUGAAGAAACCACGGAGACAGACAUUGUCCAGAAUACAACUGCCCAGCCAGACUUUGUCCCGAAUGAGACCAACCAGGCCGAACUUGUCCAGACUAAAACAGCCCAAAUGGAAAUUGUUCCUGCUCAAGUAAUAGGAAUCUAG